AAGUCACGUUACCCAGCGAGGGCCUAUAGCGUUAUAGACAGCCACUUUUCCCCCGCCAGCGGGGUUUUGGUCGUCUUGAUGGCCAACGGCAUACGGGAGCGGACGUUUGCUGGCUGUACAACGGCGUCGCAGUUUGUUUGAUGAUAGAUGGAUGGAUGGAUGGAUGGAUAGAUAGAUGGAUAGAUAGAAAACUGCCCUGUCGUCGACAAGAGGACGCGGCCGCACAGUGCGCAGGCUGGCUCACCACCACGACUACCACCACCACCACCACCCAGGCUCUCCAACCCCCUGGGCCUGGGUUGAUGGCUUGCGAAGCCUCCUUUGCGCAAGCGAGCUGCAGGCCGUCGCUGAAUCGCGUUGGGGGAGAGGGUGGCACACUUUACUCGCCCUUGUGUCGCUCGAUCAGAUUCUCCACCUUGUCGAGGCUGGGCCUUGUCCCCUCUCUGUGCUCUCUACUCUCUCUCGCUCUCGCUCUCGCUCUCUCUCGUCUCUACACCACGUCCAGCGACUACACCACCCACUCUUUGCGCGCGCCAGCAUCCCCGCCUGGCCCGUCGUCUUCCCGUGUGUGCCACCUUUGUGUCUUGUUGGCCAGCUGCUCCUCUUGUCGGCCCAUUCAUUCAUCUACUAGCUUCGCGCCUCUGCUGGCUUGCCCUGGCCCCUUCGUUUGCACGGCCCAUCUUCGAAACUAGCGCCACCCUUUCACCGACCCUCAACGCUUGGGCUGUUCCGCGAUUCACCACCCACCACAGCCUUUGCCUGCUUCGGAUAGCUCCAGUGUCUUCCGGCUCCAUGGAACCAGGUCUUGCC